AUGGCCGAAGAGAGACACGCCGGAAAACCGAACGUCCCUGCUUCUCGGCUCAGCCAGAACUUACCCAUGAAGAACUCUGGUACUCCUGCCUACCCGCCCAUGAGCCCUUCUCGCACGCAGCAGCAACCCCAAAGCCACUCCAGAGUCAGAGAAUCACGAGCAAGCUCCCAGAACACGCCCUUCUCGCCGGUAACCAGGAAUCCGUCACCCGUCAAGCGCGGACAGCCUCUGACCCAACCACCUCCCAGACCCAGCUCCAGACCUACAUUUUCGUCCACCUCAAGAGCAACCUCGCCUACCAAAGCCUCUGCCUUCAAACAGAAUAGUAAACCUCCUACCAACACCCACGCCAGCCCUACUCGCACGUCUCUUUGGCCGAAUGGAAGAGCUGAGGCUGGGCUAGGUCUCAACAUCGCAAAUCCAAUUCCAGGAAGAUCGUCGCCUACCCGCCAACCAUCGGCGAAACCGGUCAGUAACGGACACGACUCGAUGGAUAGCUCGCUCAUGAAUGUCACAUUCGUCAGUGCCGCAAGUGGGAUUGACGAAAAUCAGCCGCCUCCAUCUUCGGCCAAGCCCAAAGAGUUCAAAUCACACCAAUCUUCCAUCCUCGCCGGUCUAGGCUUCUCUCGAAUCGGCAACCAAAUCAAAUCUCCCGUCCUCCCUACCACGCCCGGCGUCUCUCCAGACAAAUCUCGAAAUACUGGCCUCAAGUCUGAUGAAAGGCAUAUCGGUGGAUAUGACCCAAAAAAAGAACCACUGAAGGCUUACUUGAGAAUCAGGCCACCCAAUACAUCUUCGACGCGGACGCCGCCAUACAUCUCAAUCCUCAAUGAGACUGAAGUUCUGCUGGCUCCACCUCCUCAAUCCUCGGCUACUGGUUUUGCGGCCCAAGAGAGUGUGAAUGCCAAAUACAAGUUCACACGCGUGUACGGGCCGGAGGCAACGCAGCGGGAGUUUUUUCAAGGGACCGGGUUGCCGCUAGUGGGCGAUCUGUUGGAUGGUAAAAGCAGUCUCUGCUUUGCGUAUGGCGUGACCGCUUCUGGAAAAACUUAUACCGUUCAGGGCGGAUUGGAUACUGUCAGAGGUGGUGGAUCGGUGGACCCAGGCUUGUUGCCUCGAACAAUGGACGUCUUGUUCAAUUCUAUCGGAUCUAAUCUGACCGAACUGCCAAUCAAACCGGCCAGACUGACCGGCGUUGAAAUCACGCCCUUCGUCCCAGAACCAUUGAGACUCAUGAACCGCAAUAGCUUCUCGGACCCUUCCUCCCCACGAUCACCUCCAAUGUUGCUAACAGAUCAAACCGUUCUACCCAUCGAUACCAACUGCGAGUAUGGAAUUUGGAUUUCAUACGCCGAAGUCUACAACGAAAAGGUUUACGAUUUACUCGAUACGUUACUUGAAUCUUCAUCCAGUUCUGGCGCCACUUUCCAGUCGUUUACCGCCAAUCUGGCCGACCAAGUCAAGAAUGCGGCGCAUCUAUUACAUACGAAGGCAUCUCAUUCUGGCGGGGUCAUCAAACGGAAACCGCUCACACUGAAACAUGACAAAGCCAACGGCAACAAAUAUAUCCAUGGCCUCACAGAGAUCAGAGUGAGGACUGCCGAGGAAGCCAAGAUUCUACUACGUCACGGCCAGGUCAAUCGGACCGUGUUUUCGACUUAUGCUAACAGAACAAGCUCGCGUAGCCACGGAAUUUUUACUAUCAAAGUGAUCAAGUUGCCAAAAAACAUGCAGCUUUCAGAAAGCAUGUUAUCCGCAGCGACGGUUUCAAGGCUCUCGAUUGUUGAUUUGGCGGGCUCGGAACGGACGCGGAAUACUCAAACGACCGGCCAACGAUUGAAGGAGGCCGGAAACAUUAACAAGUCGCUCAUGGUUUUGGGACAGUGCAUGGAAACGCUGCGCAAGAACCAAGAGCAGAAGGAGAAAAACCGCAAAAUGACCAUCGUUCCGUUCCGGCAUUCCAAGCUGACGGAGCUCUUCCAAAGCUUCUUCACCGGAGAGGGCAAAACCGUGAUGAUUGUGAACGUUAACCCUUGCGAUACCGGCUUCGAUGAGAACUCUCACGUGAUGAAGUUCUCGGCAGUGGCCAGCGAAGUCGUCACGGUUCGUGAGGAGCAACAUCAAAACCCCUACGCCUUUCUUCAGGACCAAGCCAAAGCCGCAGUCGCGCCCCCAGUCUUGGAUGAGACGAGCUUUAUUUUGGAACAAGUGUCUUCACUCCGUGUAAAACUGGUCGAAGCAGAAAUCCGCUCGGCAAUGAUCGAAGCUGAGGUCCGAGAACAACUCAUGCAAGAGUACAACCAAAAAAUGUUGGACAUGGAAGCUUUGUUCACGCAAAACAUGGCCAAUGAGGCUAAAGAGGCGGAACUCAAGGCAGACAGGAAGAUCGACAUCUUCAACCGAGCCACCCAGCAUUUAAGCCAAUCGAGUUCUGAAGGCCUGCACGCAGACGAUGCAGAUGAUACGCCAACCGAGGAUGCAGCCGAUGACUGUAAGGAGCCAAAAAACCAGCCGCCUCGCUCCAAAAAGUCGGCCAAGAAACAGCCCCCGGCUAGAGCCCUCGAUAGCAGUCAAAAAGAAGCCGACGACGACGAUCCUACUUCUCAUUUCCACCACACGGCCUCCGACCAUCGCCCCGAAGCUGCUGCUCACCCUGUGCGUGAACUUCGUCCCCGCACUAGGAAAUCUUGA